GCCUCUCAGACACCAGUGUUUGAUUAGAAUAUUAUUACAACUUCUGUCUAUGUAAAUACUGGUACUUAACUAUUUUUAAAGGUGUUAUUUGAGACUUUAUUGGAAAUAUAACUGCUCAAAGGAACAACAACCUCCCCUGAGAUUAUUUUCCGUACCUUCUUUAGAUAUACUGAUAUCCUCCAAGACGUCGAGAAAAAAACAACGAAAUCAAACACUUACUUUUCUUAAUCAGUGUCACGCGAAACAAGAACGACCCGAAAAGUAUAAUUACACCGAAAAAACAACAAAACUCAGUGAAUUAAGAAAGAAAAACAUAAUACACAAGAAGGAUUCAUUGGGAUUCGCUUUUCGUGCUUCGUGAGUUUUCGAUACAAGGGUCGGAUUUUUUCUCCUUGUGAACCAAACAACAGCAGAGUGGAGACCAUUCUAGCCGAUCCAGUAUCAUUUGGAGUGGACAGGAUGAUCGUGAUAUCAACGCACUCACAGUCUGUUAAGAACGCGAGGCCUAGCCCCUCAACCAGGAGCCUCCAGACGUCGCAGCAAGUGACCAAUUUCACCAUGACGAUCCUCAUGGGCCUCAUACUGGUGGUGGCUGUCUACUUCUCCGUCGCCAAGUUCCAGACUAAUGUGCCGGAGUAUGAGGCGACGCUCAAAGAGGUUUGUCGGACGUCAUACUUGCCUCGCCUGCAGUAUAAGGGAGUCGAGAGCUUCUUCGAGUAUUUGCUGAAUCCAGAUAAAAGCUUUUGUACAUCGUGGGUGGAUUUUAGCAAAGAGAACAAGACAGUUAAUCGGGUACGACGCGACAACCACUACGGACGGUAUGUGUGUGCUAACCCUGGGGAUGACGGAGAGGGCGAAUCCUGUCUUGUUUACUACUUCACUGUGGUUGAUAAUGAACAGUUCAAGAAGGACAUGGACAAGCUUACAUGCCACGUUCACGAAAUUGUUGACAAGUUGAAGAAGGAAGUGGAGGAAUCAGAGAAAUGGCCGAGAAGACACCCGUGGCAGAUUUCGGAGAUAUCCUACGACAAAGUCCUCCCCAGGGGCUCGGUCAAACACCGUCGGUCUCUGAAGGACAUCGUGACCUCUCUUGGGCACGUCGGGCGCAAGGUCAGGUUCCUAAGAGCUGAUCUUCUGGGACAGGAGUGGACGCUGCUUCGUCAGGUGGUGACGAAUUAUAAUAUGAUUAAUGUCCGCCAGAUCAGCGUUGGUUUGCAUAUACCCUUGAGUGUGAAUCAACUGACGAUGGAAGAACGGAAACGAUAUUUUGAAGACUUGUAUAAGGUGUUCGAGGGACUGGCAUGUCUAGGUUACAAACACGUUCGAGUCGAAGGGAUCGAGACAGACAGAAGCCGUUUAGUCGUUCCUGAAAUGGACGGUGCGACCCUCCCUUCCUUUUUCGAGGUCUACUGGGUCAAGGCAGCUCCUCAGACUGAUGGAAGUAAUGAUGGCCAUUAUGUUUAUUAUUAAAUGGUGCCAAGUCGAUGUAAUUACGUGUGUGUGUGUUGUGUUGUGUGUGAAGUUGUUAUUAAUAUCAGCUGUUAAUUUAAGUACAUAUUAAAGAUAACCUAUACAGUA